UUUUUUUUUAAUCUGUAUCUCUCUUCCUCCACAGGGGAUAUUACAACUGGUCACAGCUACCAGGACUGAACCUUUCCUUUUACAGAGCAGAUGCUAUUGGCCCUUCUGGGCUGAAUCUGGAACUUCUUUACAGCUGGAUCAACAAGUUCCAUGAAUAUUCAGGCCCUAAGGAAUUUGGGCAGAUAUUCAAGAAGUGGCAGGAACUAGCUGAUGAAUCUAAAGCUCUCCCAGGUUUUUAUGCUGAAAACACAACUAUUCAGAUUGCUUUAUGCUCUCAUGUGAGCACAUUAAAGCAUAUGAAACAACAACAACAAAAAAAUCCUGCUCUAUUGAUAAAAAACAUGCAGCCAUUUCCAAAGCUGCUCCUCACAGAAAUGCACAUUAUCGCCCCGUAGCUGCUGCUUGACCCAUCCCUUUGGGUGAGAACUUGCUUUUGUUCUGCUCUUCCUCUCCUUGAGAGUAGUAAUAUGUGGGGAUAGAGAGCUGAUCAAGGGUUACUUUCUGAAGGGCUCAGGUCACAGACAGCAUUUGCUCCCCCUGCCUCAGCUCUGAGAUGGGCUGGGAAGCAGGUAUGACAGACACAGAUCCAGGGACUGCUGUGGGAGGGAAGCAGAAGAGGAGGGGCACAAAGGAACCGAGAUACAGCCUCUUUGCCUCUGCUCCAAGCUCUCAGGGCAGCCUCAUCCUCAGUCCUUCAGGCACGGGCUUCUCUGCCACAUGAGCUUCUCCAGCACCAGCUGCUAAACCUGCAGUUACCUCUUGGAUGACACAUAUUCCUCUACCCCCUUUUUUGCCAGCUUCUGGAAGAAUUUGCACUGGAGACAAAGCACGCAAGAAUCAUCUGAAGAAAAAUGCUCCCCAAAGACAAAACACAGAGCACUGCAAAACCCAAGCAUUCAGCCUCUGGCCACCACUAACAAACAGACCUGCCUGGUAGCAGCCAGGGCUACAGUGACUGCUCCCUGCCUUCCAAGCAGCCUAGCUACAUGGAGGAGCAAGAAGACAUCUUUGUACUUUCCCUCAGAACCAGCACCAGCAAAUGCAGCCUUGACACUAACCAAACAGGGACUCCAACAUGCUGGUCAGGAGCAACCAGAGGUGGCCCAGAAGUGGGGAUCGUACCAGUGCUUUUUGGAUUGAUUUUCCUCCUGGGAAUAGUGGGAAACACAUUGGUGUUGGUUGUUUUGGAACAUUUCCGGCCUAGAAGACGCCCACCGUGCAGCAUUACCAACAUCUUCAUCCUGAACUUGAGCAUUGCAGACUUCUCCUUUCUGCUGUUCUGUGUCCCCUUCCAGGCCACCAUCUACUCCCUGCCAGAGUGGAUCUUCGGUGCCUUCUUUUGCAGAUGGGUUCACUACUUGGCUAUGGCAACAAUGCUGGUCAGCAUCUUUACGCUGGUGGAUAUGUCCAUGGACAGGUACAUUGCUGUGGUCCACGCCAAGAGUUCACACUGCAUCCGCAGCAAACACAACGCUGCCCUUGGUGUGGCUGUCAUUUGGCUGCUGUCUCUAAUCAUUGCCAUCCCUGUGGCCGAGCACCAGGCCCUCGUGAGUGGUCAUCAGCAAGCACCCAACAGCCUCUUCUGCUGGGAGCAUUGGGCAAAUGGUUCAACAGCCAAGCAGAUGUACAAGGUCACCAUCCUGUUGGUGGGGUACCUCCUGCCCCUGGUGCUCAUCACCUUCUGCUAUGCCAAGGUUCUGUAUCAUCUCCAUACAAAAGUAAACAUUUUCAAGAAGUCAGAGAGAUCAAAGAGGAAGACAGCACAGACCGUGCUGCUUGUGGUUGCUGUGUUCCUGCUCUCCUGGCUGCCACACCACAUCAUCACGAUGUGGGCUGAGUUUGGGCAGUUUCCUCUGAACAACAUCUCCUUUACCUUCCGCAUCAUCUCUCACUGCCUAGCCUAUGGGAACUCCUGCAUCAACCCCAUCAUUUACGCUUUCCUCUCGGAAAAUUUCCACAAGGCCUGCCGGCAAGUGCUCACCCACAAGCUCUUCCUGCAGCCAGUUCCUGCUGAGAAAUUGGUCAGAGUACGUAUGGAGAAGUUUUCCACCACACACUCUACCACUAACAUGUAAAUCAGGCUCACAAAUACAUUUCAGGAGGAAGAGGAGGGGAAAGAGUGCUGUCUGGGGAAAACAAGUACACAAGUACAUUUCAGGGAGCAGUGCAACCUGCAAAAAUAUGGAUUUUGUUAGAUUACCAGAGUGGUAGGAGGCAUUUUCCAUGUGGCUGUUAGGACACUUGACACAGCUUAUCCUAGGGCACCUUGAUAGGUGCAACAUAAAUUUUUUAAUGUCCUUGUACUGCCCAUAAGACAGAACUCCUAUGUAGUUGUAGUUAUGUCUAAAAUUCAUAGUAGUAGUAACA